CUACAAAAGAUAGGCAGGAAAAUAGAUUGGAUCAAACAAAUUUAUGUUGAGGCUGAAGAGAUCCAAAUGUUCAUCACAAACCAUAACAUGUCACAGGCCAUUUUCAGAUCAUUUUCACAGUUGGAGUUGCUAAAGGUAAUUGAAACACUUCAAUUUUUAAAAUCUACAUUUCACUUUGAUGGUUACUUAAUUUUUUUUUUUUUAUCAUGUCUUCUUUGUAUUCUAAUUUUUAUUUUUAAUUUUUGAAUAGGUUGCCGAGACCCGAUUUGCAUCCAACACAAUCGUCUUGAGGCGACUUGUGAAGGUGCGACAGCCACUUGCUAGCAUGGUAAUUAGUCAAAGUUGGUCCCUAUGGAGGCAAUCCAAUACUGAAAGGGCAGCAAAUGUAAAGCGCAUGAUCCUAGAUGACACUUGGUGGGAUCGAGUGGAAUAUCUUUUGAGUUUCACUGAGCCCAUCAUGAGUAUGAUCCGUUAUACUGACAUGGAUCACCCAUGUUUGGGAGAGGUAUAUGAUGGCAUUGACUCGAUGAUUGAGAAAAUGAAAGCCAUCAUCAAUGCAAAAGAGCAAGAUCCCGAAGAAACUUUCUUCAAAGAGGUUCAAUCAAUUUGUGUUGAGCGGUGGAACAAAAUGACCACCCCACUACAUCUUCUUGCAUUUGCAUUGACUCCCAAAUUUUAUAGUGAUGAAAUGCUUGCUAAGCCAUCAAGGGUACCACCAUAUAGAGAUUCAGAAGUCAGUGAAGGGUGUAGGACAGCACUUACUAAACUCUUCCCAGAUUCUGAAAUGGAGGAUUUAAUGACAAGUGAGUUUGCUGAUUUUGUAGCCUCCAAUGGUCAAAGUGUUUCCGCUCUCCGUGACAAGUAUAAAAAGGAUUCUCAUGCUUGGUGGUACCUCAAUGGCCAUACAUCACCAAACCUUCAAACUCUUGCAAUCAAAGUUUUAUCGCAAGUUGCUAGUUCCUCUUCAUCUGAGCGAAAUUGGAGCACAUACUCCUUUAUCCACUCAGUGAAACGCAACCGACUGGCAGCAAGUAAGGCAGAAGAGCUCGUUUAUGUGCAUUCAAACUUGCGCCUUCUUACUCAUAAACAAAAUGAGUAUAAGGAUGGGAGCACAAAGUUUUGGGAUGUAGAUCCAGAGCGAACUGAUUUGGAUUUUUCAGCUGCCACACAAUCUUUACUUUCUGGGGAGUCUGAUAGCCAAUGUGCUGCUAGUGCAAGUGGCAGUGAGGCUGCAUGUGGUUCCAGUACUCUACCUACAUCAUCUAAUGUCAAUGAUGAUGUUGAUCUUGAUCUUCCUAGUGACCCAUAUGAUGCUAUUGCUGAUUAUUAGUUGUGUCAUUUUAUUGUUGAACGGUUGAGCCAGUGAACAAUGAAUUCGAUAUCUAUCAUAACAUUCAAAGUUUGUAAUUUUGUUAUAGACUUAUAGUUAUAUCAAUAUGAAUCAUAUAUGAUAGUUCC